CAGAGUUGUAGGAUGGAUGGAAUGGGAAUUUACUAGGUCCGUGCUGCGAAAUAGAGCUAGCUUGGUGAAGAAUAUUAUAUGCUUUCCAGUUCAUCGGCUUUCGAUGGAUUCUCGAAGUUCUCAUCAAAAAAGAUUUGACUCGUGUGCGGUGCCUCUUGAUUUUUUUGGUUCGAGGAACAAUCACCAGUUCAACUCUACUUUCCCCUACUGCCCAUAAUACGUCAUGGGAAAAGCUCCUGCUCUUGAAGAUCUCACAGCCACCGGAGACAAAUCUGCUCCAAAGGUAGAUGCCGACGUUGGCAGUAUUGAAGCUCCAAACUCCAACAAAGAGUCUCAGUUUCCUCCUCUGCGUCAGGCCAUUAUAAUCGUUCUGGCGAUCUACCUAGCCGCCUUCCUGGUUGCUCUGGAUCAAACCAUCAUCGGGGUAGCGAUUCCAAAGAUCACAGAUCAAUUCAAGAGUAUUCCAGAUAUCGCCUGGUAUGGCAGUGCCUAUUUCUUGACAUCGACUGCUCUGCAGCCGUCAUAUGGCAGGAUUUAUAAGAUUCUCAAUGUGAAAUGGUCUUUCUUAGCUGCAGUGGGCAUAUUCGAGAUCGGAUCUUUGAUCUGCGGUGUUGCACCUUCCAGCAUUGUCUUGAUCGUCGGUCGUGCCAUCGCAGGAAUCGGGGUUGCUGGUAUCUUUUCUGGCGCCUUGGUCAUAAUCUCCAUGACGGUGCCUCUUCCUAAAAGACCCCUUGUCUUUGGUAUCUACGGUGUUGUAUGGGGUGUUUCCUCCAUUAUCGGACCUCUACUUGGUGGCGCAUUCACAGAUGGUUCGUCGUGGAGGUGGUGCUUCUAUAUUAACCUCCCGGUAGGCGGCAUUUCAAUGGUGGUCGUCCUAAUUUUCCUUCGCUUGCCGAGCAACAAUCAAGUAACAACUUUGGCCCGCAUUGCUCAAGAAUUGGAUUUGAUCGGUGCAAGCUUAAUCAUUCCGGCAGUCAUAUGCUUUAUUCUUGCAUUACAAUGGGGCGGAAAUUCCUACGCUUGGGGGAGCUCUCAGAUUAUCGGCCUUUUCGUCGGAUUCAGCCUCUUGAUUCUGCUUUUUACGGCCUCCCAGGUCUGGAUCACUCGAAAAGAUGAGAAAAAUGGAAAAAGUGCAGGCGCAACAUUACCACCUUCAAUCCUUAGGAAGCGUACCAUUUGGUCUGCUGGAAUAUUUGCGUUCUUCUUUAGCGGCGGGUUUUUCCUUCUGCUCUACUAUCUUCCUAUCUAUUUCCAGAGUGUCAGGGGAUCAUCAGCAAUGACCGCUGGCCUUCAGCUUCUUCCAUUCAUGCUUAUGACCGUGCUUUCAUCCAUCAUGGUAGGGGCGAUGGUGACAGCAGUCGGUUAUUAUACCCCUUUCUUGAUUGGCAGUACAGCUAUUUGUGCAAUCGGAACGGGCCUGAUCACCCUUUACGAUAUCGAUAUGUCUACGGCCAAGUGGAUUGGCUACCCGAUUGUUGUCGGGGCCGGUAUUGGUGCGGGUCUUCAGAUCCCAAUGACUGCCGUGCAGACGGUAUUGAGCCCUGAGGAUAUCCCGGUGGGAACUGCGAGUGUCAUGUUCCUUCAAACGUUGGGGGGUGCUAUCUUCAUCGCAGUGGGACAAGCAGUAUUUCAGAAUGGCUUACAAGCUGGUAUCCGCGCAUACUCCCCCAAGGUCGAUCCAAGCGCCAUUCUCAAUGCGGGAGCUACCGAGAUGAGGCACGUGUUGGCAACUUUGGGCCAACUCGAUCAGCUGGACGGGGUGAUCAAAGCUUACAUGAACGGAUUACGGGAUACUUUCCGCGUCAGCCUGGCUUUAGUACUUGCUGCCUUUGUGACUAGCUUCUUUUUGGAGUGGAAAAGUGUGAAGAAAAGCGACGCGACUUCAAACCACGAUACCGCCGUCGUGUCUGCCUGAACAGGGCGUGAACUAUACAUAUCAUAGGUAAUCAUUGUAUUUUGAUAGUGGAUACUUCACUAAUGAUAUGCAAAAUAUUCCUCUCGCGAAAUUACCUCGUUGAGAGAGAAACACUUCAAGGCAUGAGGAACUAGAUAAUCGAGGAUACCUGGCUGAAUACUUCAAAGAAAGGAAAAUAAAGAAGAAGAAAAAAAAUUGAUCAAUAUUCUUGAUUC